AGAGGAGCUCAGACUAUAUAGUAUUCUUUUUUUUUCUGAAAAAAAUGGCCAAAGAACCGCCAGAAACACAACAAAACAUAUCAUCAGAAAUAUCGGCAAAUAUUUCACAAAUAGAUGACUCAAAAUCACAGAAACUCACUGUAGGAUGUAAGGUAUUCGUCAGGAAGGAUAAAUCCCUUCAAGAAGCGGAGAUUUUAUCGCUUCAAACGAGAAAAAACCAGCCAUAUUUUUAUGUUCAUUAUCAGGGCUUUAAUAAGCGUCUGGAUGAAUGGGUAUCUCUUUCAAGGAUAGAUUUUUCAAAAGAAAUAGAAUAUCCAAAGAUAGACAAAACUAAAAAAACAACAAAGUCAAAUAUACAUAAAACAGAAGAUACAGAAGCGAAAAUAGACGAUAGAGCAAGUAAGAGACAUCGUGUAUGUCGGGAGGAGGUUUUACUGGAUGUUUCAGGAACAGGAAUUAAAGAAAUUAAGGAAAAAGAGAAAAUAUCUGGGUUAAAUCCUAAAAAUGAAGGCCAAGAAGCCUCUCAAACUCAAGAAGAAAAAGAGGAUAUUAUGUUAGAUAUAGAGGAAAAUGAUCAAAUGAAUUGUAUAAAUAAAGGACCGGAAAAAUGUUCAAAGAUCAAUGAAAUUGAAAAAUUACGAACAUCAGGAUCUAUGGCACAAAAUAUACAUGAGAUUUCUCGUGUUAAGAACCUUACAAUGAUACAGAUUGGUAGAUAUGAAAUAGAGCCAUGGUACUUUAGUCCAUAUCCUAUCGAAUUGACAGAACUUGAUUUAAUAUAUAUAUGUGAAUUUUGUUUUUCAUAUUUUGGAUCUAAGAAACAAUAUGAAAGACAUAGGAUGAAGUGUACAUUACAACAUCCACCAGGGAAUGAGAUAUAUCGGGAUGAACAUAUAUCUUUCUUUGAAAUUGAUGGGCGAAAACAACAUACAUGGUGUAGAAAUUUAUGUUUAUUAUCAAAAUGCUUUUUAGAUCAUAAAACACUUUAUUAUGAUGUGGAUCCUUUUCUAUUUUAUUGUAUGACAACACGGGAUGAAUAUGGUUGUCAUUUAAUUGGUUAUUUUUCAAAGGAAAAGGAUUCUUCUGAGAAUUAUAAUGUUGCAUGUAUUUUAACUCUACCACAAUACCAACGAUUAGGUUAUGGAAGAUUACUUAUAGAAUUUUCAUAUGAACUCUCAAAGAAAGAAGGAAAACUAGGAUCACCGGAGAAGCCAUUAUCGGAUCUUGGUUUACUUAGUUAUAGAGCAUUCUGGGCGGAUGUUAUUAUUGAACUUUUAAUGAAUACAAGAGUAGAAGUAACCAUUGAUGAAAUCGCUAAUAAGACAUCUAUGACGUCGCAAGAUGUUUUGCAUACAAUUCAAAACCUUAGCCUUCUUAAAUAUUAUAAAGGACAGCAUAUUAUUUGUAUAUCUGAAGCAAUUGAGCAACAAUAUGAGAAGUACAAGUCAAAACAAAGAAGAAAAAUAGAUCCGAAUGGCCUUGCUCAUUGGAAACCCCCUGUUUUUAAUUCUACGCAAUUGAGAUUUGGUUAUUAAAUGAAGUUUGUUAAUGGCGAAACAUGAGUAUUUUCUAUUUAAAU